GUCACAACAGGGAACAACAACAGAUCAGUACAACUGCACUAAAAAGAUGGAACGAGGUAAAGGAGGGACUCAGAGGACUCUGUUCCUGUUGACACUCUGUCUGCAAGCCUUCACUGGUCAAUGCCAAGUUUCAGGGCAGCCCUCUGACCUGAGGAUAGUUUUAGUAGGGAAGACUGGAUCAGGGAAGAGUGCAACAGGAAACACAAUCCAGGGAAGGGAGGGGUUUAAAGUGGAGGCUUCUCCAGUGUCUGUGACUGCUCAGAGAGAGAAACAGAGUGGAGUGGUGGAUGGGAGGAAGACUGAUGUCAUCGACACCCCGGGGCUCUAUGACACAAAACUGUCUCAAGAAGAGAUGAAAAGUGAGAUAGAAAAAGCCAUCUAUAUGUCAGUCCCAGGACCCCACGCCUUCCUGCUGGUGAUCAGACUGGGGAGGUUCACAGAGGAGGAGAGGAACACUGUGAAGUGGACCCAGGAGAACUUUGGAGAAGAAGCCUCAAUGCACACCAUCAUUCUGUUCACACAUGGAGAUCAACUGGAGGGUAAAUAUCACUCCCUAAUCAAUGACAAGAGAAAACACAACACUCAGGUCCCAGAGCUGCUGGAGAAGAUAGAGGAGAUGGUGUUGCGGAAUGGAGGAAAACCCUACACCAAUGAGAUGUACCAGGAGGCCCAGAGGAAGAUCGAAGAGGAGGAGGCGAGGAAGAGACAAGAAGAUGAGAAGAGAGAGAGAGGAGACAGUAAGAGGAAGAAAGAAGAAGAAGAGAAGAGAAAUUGAAUGACUGCAAGUGGUCAGCGUUUGCCAGUAUGGCUGCAUUGGGGUUGGGAGCCAUGUACAGCUCUCCAUUGUCAUUAGCAGCAGGAGCUGCAUUAGCCGCUGUUAAAGGUUAUCAAUGCAUGGACAACUAUUUCAACUCAGAAGACCAGAAGAAAUAAGAUUUUCACAUCCACCAUCUCAGAUUGUUUUGAAAUUAAGAUUAAUUGUUGUGUUAUAUAAUAUAAAUAUAAUUUGAUCUCUGAGAAAUUAAGCGCAUUUAUUGCGCCCAAAUUUGACAUUUUAAUUAAUAGGAUUCAUAUACUAUUCAAUAAAUAUAGUACCCAACAUCUGAUAUGGAUCCAAUUUUUCCCCAACAAUGAUUAAGAACAAAGAAUGGUCAAAAGCCUCAGAUCAGAUGUUGGCUAUUAUUUCACACUAAUGCCUUGUUAUCUGGAGGGCGGCCAUUUGCAUCUCCCCAAUGGUCCAAAUGUGGAAUCCGUACCCAUGCUGAUAUCAUGGACAGUAAUGGUUUGAGAACAUUCCAAGAUUUGGAAGAUACAUACACAUUACCAGGCAACUCUUUUUUUGUUUAUAUUUACAACUCAGGUUAGCUAUGUUGGCCUAUGGAGUCCCUUGGGAAACCCAGCUACCAAACCAUCCAAUGACGGGAUUUAUAAAUAAAUGAUCUGGGCUCCUGAAAGGACUGAUCUCUAUAAUAUACAUGCUAUACAUGCUAACUUCUGGAAAGUGGUAAAACAUUUUAAACAACCCCUCCCCCUUGGGGGUGGCAGAUAGCAAAGUGGUUAGAGCAUUGGGCCAGUAACUGGAUGGUUACUGGAUCAAAUCCCUGAGCUAACAAGGUACAAAUCUGU